CUCCGACUUGGUAACAUUGUCCCCGACUUUAGUUGCGAAACUACUCAGGGCAACUGGAAGUCCUUCCAUCAAUGGAAGCAAGGGAAGUGGGCCAUUCUCUUUUCACAUCCUGCCGAUUUUACACCAGUUUGCACCACGGAGAUUGCGAGUCUGGCCAAAAAGUACGGCGAAUUGUGUAAUAUGGAUUGCCUUGUGGCCACACUUUCGGUGGAUCCGGUGGCGUCUCACAAAGAGUGGCUUCAUGACGUAGUUGCGCACUCAGAGAGCGGUAUUGCUGUAAAAUUCCCCAUUAUUGCAGAUGAAAGUCGUGACAUCUCGACAGCCUAUGGUAUGAUUGACCCUUGGACGUCGGAUCGUCAAGACCUUCCUUUGACCAUUCGAUGCGUGUUCAUCAUCAAUCCAGAAAACAAACUCAUGCUGUCCUUGAACUACCCCGCCUGCGUUGGGCGGAACAUGAGUGAAAUUGUUCGCUGUGUCAAGGCGUUGCAGCUCUCCUACCAAAAGUCCAUUGCGACCCCUGCCAACUGG